AUGUGGUCGGUACCAACAAAGCCAACUGCCUGUACUCUGGCCAGUAGACGAUACUAUGAUAAAGACGGAAGAAACGAUGCAGACAAGUGUAUAAAAGGCCCCUUUGAGCCUUCUCUUCAGCGCUCUCAGGAUCAACUAACAAUCAUCUUCUCGCCUCAGAACCUUUUUAUCAAAUAUUUUACCCUCCUCUCCUUCUUCUUCUUCUUCUUCUUCUUCUUCUUCUUCUCCUCUACCAACAUUUCCAUAUCUGAGCAUCUCAGUGGAUUCGACAGGUGCUGCGAGGAUCAGGGCUCGGACUGUGACUUCCCCGGUCGUGCCGCUGCCCUGGGUCAGGAAAUGAGAGCUGUUAAGCACGUCGAGAUCAAGACUGCCCUUGCCAACAACCAAGACAUGGGAAUAUGCAGUGGCAAAGAGAUUAACUUUGGGCAUCUUUGGAAAACCGAGCUCAAAAACCUCGGCGUCGGCACCGACUCUCUCGACGAAGAGCGCAAGAAGCUCAACAUUGCAGUCGAAGCGGCAGCAGGCGCUUACGUCACUGCCAAAAUGGCUUCUGGGCCGAAUAUCACCGCUAUAAGAAAGGACAUCCACUCUGUGCACAAGCAGAUCGAGAGUCCUGUUGAUUAUCUGCGCUGUGAGAUCAGAACCAGUACGCUGGCGAAUAAUACGAUGAACAUGGAUGUUCAGUAUUUCUCGUUUGAUUCGAAUUCGCAGAAUUCUGCGGCUCAUAGCGCGCAAAUUGCGUCGUAUGUGUCUGGGACUGUCACACUUGUUUUAUCUGUGAGUUGCCCUCACAAAAACGCUUCGAUCGUAUCGUCUUUCGUGCUACACGUCGAUAAGGCUAUCAAGGUCUGGAAUCAUCUCUUUCCUGGGAGCAAGUUGGAUUCCACCAGUGGAUUAAGCAUGAUGAAUUGCCCGAUGAACGGGAGCCAGGAGGAUAAGGAGAAGUUCUCCAUUAUCUCGGGCGUUGCCUAUGGAUCUAGCUUCGUUGGCAUGGUCCAGGUGCUUAACACGACGUCCUCGACUGCUUCCGAGUCCAUGGAGGCUACUGCCUCACAGAUGCAGCCCACAAUGAACGUUGGUGCUUGGUUCGCCAAGUCAGAGGGUAAAGUCGGCAUAGACUCCAACUUCGCCAGCAACGUGAAGAAUCUCCUCAGUCAGCAGAACAUCAAAUCUCACGUCACGGUCCUGUCAAUGGGUGUUAUCCCCUCAAUGAUAGCCCACGACAUCGCAACCGCCGUCAGCAAGUUCAACGAGUUUGACCCUAGUUCCAACAUGGCAAAUGUUGCUGCUAUGCAGAAUGGAGUCUCCCCUGGAGGAUUAUUUGGGAAAGGCUACACAGGGACAUUUGGUAUUCCCAUCAACUACUAUCUCAAGAAUAGCGAUCAGAAGAUGCUGGCGCAAAUGUGGGCUGCUACAUAUUGCCCCGGAGAGUUCAUGGCUAUCAAGGAUGAUGAUACCGAGGGCAAAGGACCUGCUGAGGAGGAUCCCAAGGUAAAACUAAGGGUUCUCCACAAGCCAGAACUUCGAAAACUUGGUCUUUGGGACAUCCGAGACCAACUCCCUCAUGACAAGCAAAAGUUCUCCCUAGCUGAGCGCAAGUUCACUAGCCCCGAGACUAAAAUCACUGGCACGUUAGAUAUAUGCUGCAUCGAUUACAACAACCCCAUUCUCUGGGACGUGUCCACGAGCUCCCGACAAUUCGGGGCCGGAGUCUUCAGAUUCAAACCGGAAGACCUGGAGAUGAUGGAGGAAAACGGGUUUCAGUCGAGCAAAUACUUCUCGAUGAAAGAAGAGAAACUAUUGGAAAACUACGUCAAGGAACAGAUGCUCAUGCUUGCCCAUGGCUUCUCCUCCAUUGUGUAUUUGAUCGAGUACAAUCUGCAGGCUGAUUUUAAAUCGCGAAUCUUUUCCUUGGACAAUAUGGAAUGUUCUGUGCCGUUUUUCCUUUUUUUAAUCUCCUUGAGCGACAAAGAGGAUCCCGAUAUCACCGGAACAUCAACAGAUACCUUCAAUAUGGCAUCCAACAACUUCGUCCUCACAGCAGAAGCUCACUCCGAAGCCCUGCCCAAAUUCCACUUCUCAACUCAAGCAGUCCACGCAGAUGACUUUGUCAGUCCGCACCGGGCCAUCGCCCCGGCUCUUCACUCGGCUGUGAAUUAUCGCUAUGCCCGCAACCCCGAUGAUCUCGUUGAGAUGGAAAACGACGAUCCAAAUGCUCCAUUCGACUCACACGUCUACUCUCGCUACACAGCCCCCAACUACAGCAGAUUAGAAAUCGUCCUCAAGACCCUCUUCAAAAACCCGGUUGUGUCAUACUCCUGCGGCGUCGCAGCUUUCCACUCAAUGCUGAUCGCCAUCAACCCCAAGAAAAUCUUUAUUUCCGAUGGCUAUCACGGUGUCCACGCUGUAAUCGAGCUCAUGACCAAGCUCAACGGUCUCAAGAAGCUUUCUCUUGAUGAUCUCGAUCAAGCGGGGCCAGGGGAUAUGAUCCAUAUCGAAACACCACUGAACCCAACAGGUGAAGCGAGAAAUCUUGCGUUCUUUAGUAAGAAGGCUAAAGAGGCGGGGGCGCUGCUCACGGUUGAUGCUACGCUUGCGCCGCCGCCUUUGCAGGAUCCGAUCCUGUUUGGCGCGGAUUUGGUCAUGCAUAGUGGGACGAAGUAUAUCGGGGGUCACUCUGAUAUGCUCUGUGGUAUUGUCAUUGUUUCUCCGCAGCAAGUUAAGUCCGGGUUGGAGCAGACAUUGAGGGAUGAACGAAUGGUGCUAGGCAACGUCAUGGGAAGUCUGGAGGGUUGGCUGGGCAUUCGAUCACUGCGAACUCUUCACCUACGAGUGAUGCGUCAGUCCCAAACCGCCGAAGCAUUGGUAUCAUGGCUCAACACCGGUCUUGCAGACUCAUCAUCCGUCAUCGGCCGUAUAGUCCACAAGAUUGCACAUUCAUCCAUCCAACAUGAUGCGGAGUGGCUGAAGGGACAAAUGCCAGGUGGUCACAGCCCCGUGUUCAGUCUAUGGCUGAAGAACCCAGAGCAUGCGAAGCGGUUACCGAGCAAGCUGUUCAUCUUUCAGCAUGCUACUAGCUUAGGCGGUGUUGAGAGCUUGUGUGAGUGGCGUGCUAUGUCGAGCCGUGGGGAGGAUCAGAGGAUGUUGAGGAUUAGCACGGGUGUGGAGGACCUGGAGGAUUUGAAAGGAGAUUUGAUGCAGGCUUUUGAGGCUUUGUUGACAGAGUUUCCAUGA